GUAUUAACUAGAUAACAAGUCUCCAAAAGUUCCAAUAACCGGAGUGUAGUGAUAAAUGACAGUUCGGUGUUAAUUCUCAGAUUCAUAUUUAUAAGAAUUGCAGCUUGUUUACCAUUCUUUUUUGCCCCCCUUUUUCCUCUGCAUUUCUCUGUAUUGGUUUAUAUUAAAUAGUGUGACAGCUCUAGAGUUUUCUGAGGAAUAGUGUGGAAUUAAAGGAGAUAUUUCUUACAUUUAAAAGGGAAUGUUACCACGGAAAUAAAGCAGAAGACGUUAUUGGAACAUUAGUUAGACUGUGAUAUAUUGGAGGGGAGCUAACUCCAUGAUCUUUCAAUAAUAAACGAGGGUACAUCUUGUAAGGUAUAACGAGGUCCAAAAUUACGUGCCAAAACAAUGGCUUCUUUCAUCGCAAAGCAGAUGGUAGGAAAUCAGCUGAAGUCAGUAAAAGGUGCUAUGGGUGGUGAUGAUGAGAAAAAAGAUGAGGGUGGUGCUGAUGAUGGUGAGGAUCCAGAAGUUGCUGAGGCCAGGAGGGAAGCUGAAGAAAAGCGGAAAGAAAAACACAGGAAAAUGGAAGAGGAGCGAGAAGAAUUGAGACAGUCUAUAAGAGAUAAGUAUGGUUUGAAGAAGAAGGUACCAGAAGAAGAGGGAAUGAUGCAGCCUCCGGAAGAGGCCGGACGUAUCGGACGGAAGAAGAAAACACCUGCUGAGCUCGCAGCGGAGGCAAAUGCUGAUAGUGACGAUGAAGAUUUCGCAAAGCUCCCUGGCAAUUUAGGCGAGAUAACUAGCAAAGUUACAGAGCUUCCGUCUAAGUUGGCCCAGGGUGUGGGUGAGAAAUGUGCCCUCCAGUAGGCGCACAUUUAAUCCCCGCCCCCGUACAUGGCGGCUAACAUUCCAUCCUGAGGUCCUUUAAAUCAAAACAUGCAACUUUCUUGAUGACUGUUCUGUAAUCCUGCUCAGGAAUUGGAUUUUAAAUAAAAAGAUAUCAAUGUUUUUUGAAAACAUUGAGAAAAAAAGAAAUUAUGCAAUUAAAAUUUACUUUUAAACGUUCAAAUAUUUAGAGUGAAAAAUGUUGUGACAGUGUAUGUUAGAUGGUUUUUUAGCUUAAAAAUUGUAAAUAGACGAGAAAUCAGCUUAAUAAUGAUGUUAUCACCCACAACUGACCAUAGAUUACAUAACUUUCCCCUUAUGUGCCCUCGCAAUUUUUCUUGUUUUUUUCCUUUUUCUUUCUCAUGUUACAUUGCUUUCAAAGAAAUGGCUCGUAAUUUGUAAUUUGUAUUUUGCCAUUAUCUUUAAUACUAUACAUUCAUUGGUAAUAUGCUAAUACUUUUUCUAGAAAAGAACACUAACAUAAUGAAUGGCCAUGUUUAUUUUGCAAUGGUUUGUUGGAAAUUAGAAAUAGCAGCAGCGUAUCAGGAAAUAAUAUAGUUGUUGUUUGUUAUAUUGUCAUGGUAGCCAUCAUAGAAUUAAAUGAUUCUAUUUGAUUAUCUCAAAACAUUGUCAUCAACUUGUCUCCAGCCAUUUUUCCUAAUUCACUAAAGUGGUGAUAUGAAAUCACAUUUGAUCUCCAUUGUGUAUUAUGGGAAAUGUACCGAACCAAUCCAAAUGUUAGUGCAAACUUAACAGUACAGUACAAUUUCAAAUGCUAUGUCCCUGAACAAUACAAGUUGCUGUUUUAUAUGGAAAUUCUACAGAAUCUCUUAAAAAAGAUAUCAUUGAGUUGCAAUGCAGCUCCAUUAAUGUUCAAAGUGGGUGGGGUACUCAGCAUUUUCAAACUGGGUGGGGUAGUCAGCAUUUUCAAAGUGGGUGGGGUACGCAUCAUUUUCAAAGUGGGUGGGGUGUUCACCAUUUUCAAAGUCGGUGGGGUACUCACCAUUUUCAAAGUGGAUGGGGUACUGAAAAAUAUGUAGCAGUUCCUUUUUGUUCUUAAUUUUAUAAGAAAGCUUUCAGCUACAGUACAUUUUCAAAAUGUGUAUAUUUAUUUGACUACUUUUACAAUCUUUUCAAAGUGGAUGGGGUACAAAAAUAAUGUAACGAUAAUUUAAAAGUUUCAGUUAAAAAUAUUGUAUUUAAUUACAACUACUUUUAAUUACAUAUUUGUUC